CGUGCGGUUAGAACCAAAAGCAAAUCACUGCGUCACCAAAUAGCUAUGGCCUUUGGACUCGUGUCAUGCUUGCUGCAUCACUCGACUGAACAAAGCACCUGCGUGGCGCUGAGGCAUAGCUCAACACCUCCCCAUCAGCCGCGUCUACCCUACUACGUGUCAAGUUGUCCUAUCUCUGCAUGCCCUCACUCUCCAUAGAAACAGUAGUAAUACAGCUCUAUAUAAAGGCAUGCAUGUGAAGUAGCAGAAUCGUAACAGCUUAUCUUCGACGUGAAGUACUUAGAAAGCAAGCAGUGUUUGUGAGAAGUGAGAAGUAGCUUAGCAAUUUCGAAAAGAGUGAGUAAGAGAAUGGCAUCGGAGCAGGAAAGAAGGGAUCCACAGAAGAGACAAGAGCUGGACGCGAAAGCAAGGCAGGGAGAGACUGUUGUUCCUGGUGGAACUGGUGGCAAGAGCCUUGAAGCUCAAGAACACCUGGCUGAAGGGCGCCAGCGUGGAGGCGAGACCAGGAAGGAGCAGCUGGGACAUGAAGGGUACCAGGAGAUUGGUCACCGCGGAGGCGAGAGCAGGAGGGAGCAGAUAGGUCAUGAAGGGUAUCAUGAGAUGGGGAAGAAAGGAGGAUUGAGCACCAAGGACAAGUCUGGAGGAGAGCGUGCUGCUGAGGAAGGGAUCCCAAUUGACGAGUCCAACUACAAAACUAGGACUCCUUGAUGUGUGUUCAAAGCUCAUGGCGGCUUCUGACUAGGCUUUUGUUUUGUGUCUUCUUUUCUGCGUGUCCUGUAACGUAGAGUUGUAGAAAUGGUUCCCAGUGUCUUCGUAGAGUUGUAGAAAUGGUUCCCAGUGUCUACUUGGUGCUUCUGUUCAUGCUUCUUGUUCAAGUUUGUAGAUGCAGUCGUGUCUUAUUAGUCUUAAGAGAAGCACCUAAGUGGGUGACUUCUUGUUGU